AUGGAAGCUGACUACGCUGUGCUUCUAAAAAGUGGCUGUGCUUUUAGCAGCAGAAGUCCUUCUUUGGGUCAAAUUAUUGACUGUUCGUUCUUCACUGCAUCGUCUGGUUCCAGCAUCCGAAGCGACCAUAGGGCCAUGUCGGAAUACGUGAACGACAAAUGUCUCAGGGUGGGCAUGAGCCGAGAGGAGAGCGUACAAGCCUAUAAUGAGAUGGCGCCAGACUUCAAUGAGUACGUUGGCGGAAUCAAGUACAUCGCUCCGGAGAAAGCUGCAGACUUGACCUCUGAACUCUUUCCAGACAAAAGCAAGGAGAAAAUCCUUGACCUUGCUUGCGGGACAGGACUUGUGGCGGAGGCGGUAAGUUUUGUAAAAAAAAAAAAAUAUUAA